GUGGCGCAGGAGGGCGCAGGCGGAGUCGGGGCCAUGGCGGAGAGCGACUGGGACACGGUCACGGUGCUGCGCAAGAAGGGCCCGAGCGCGGCCCAGGCCAAGUCCAAGCAGGCAGUCUUAGCAGCUCAGAGAAGAGGAGAAGAUGUGGAGACCUCCAAGAAAUGGGCAGCAGGUCAAAACAAACAGCAUUUUAUCACUAAGAAUACAGCCAAGCUGGACCGAGAGACAGAAGAGUUACACCAUGACAGAGUUUCCCUUGAGGUAGGCAAAGUCAUCCAGCAGGGUCGACAGAGCAAGGGCAUGACCCAAAAGGAUUUGGCCACAAAAAUCAAUGAAAAGCCACAAGUUAUUGCUGACUACGAAUCUGGAAGAGCAAUCCCCAAUAAUCAGGUUAUGGGCAAGAUCGAAAGGGCCAUCGGUCUUAAGCUACGUGGGAAGGAUAUUGGAAAACCACUCGAAGCUGGUCCAAAAGGGAAAUGAAAACAAAGCCUCGAAAUCAGUUUGUUCAGACUGAUCUCGUCUGGCUGGUUCUCCUUAACCACCAGAAUCUCUCUUCGUAUUGCCAAGCUGAACAAGAGGGUUUCAGACUUGCUUGGGGGGGAAAUCUGCAGAAUCUCUACCUGCUGUAAAAAGGCAAAUUUAAAGAAGCGAUUUUUCCUGAUUUUGUUUUUCCUUCCUCCUUUCCAGAGAUUGAGGAACUAAACCCAAAAAUACUGCAUCUAACUUCGCCAGAAAAAAAAUAUGCAUCUUGGUGUUUUAGAAGCAGCUACUGUUAAGACACUUGGGUGAUCUGAAGUGGGAUCAUUUAAUUGAAUCAGCUUUGGGGGUGGGUGGGAUAUUGUAACAAGUUUGGGAGAGGCGGGGGUUAGUCAUAUCUGUAAUGGAAAUGAGUGACUCUCAGUCACUGCAUCACAAUGACUCUUUGUUCCUUCCAGCCUGUUUUAAAGAGAUCUAUAAUAAAGUUUGUUACCCUUCA